AGGUUGGUGCAGAAUUUAUUGCGGCCGAGGAAGCCGCGACCGCCCGCAACAUCCCCUGCGCCUGCAUCGACGUAGAUUUGAACCAGUUCUGGAAGCGCCUCGGGAUGGCCGUGAUCCCCACGCCCUGCAACCUGGGGCACUCGAUGCUCGCGUGGCUGGCCUUCCCGCGCGUGGUGUUCCGCGUGCUCGGAUUCCCCCCCCGGGGCAACGUGGACGUGAUCGGCUCCAUGGUGCUGCACGGGGCCAGCUUCUCCCUCAUGACAUGGGUCGCCUUCAUUUUAGCAGGCUUCUGCGCCAGCCUCGUCACCAACUCCCUGCUCCAGCUGUUGGGCAUGGGGGCUGAGAAGGC